CGGACCGAGGGACGGAUAACCUGAGACAGCGCGAUGUCUUCCCCCAGCGCCGCCGCCUCCUCCUCCGUCCCCUCGGGCCCUCUGAAGCCCAAAAGGAAGACGAAGAAGAAGCACUUCGUGCAGCAGAAGGUGAAAGUCUUCCGAGCCAGCGACCCGGUGCUGAGCGUCCUGAUGUGGGGCGUCAAUCACUCGAUUAAUGACCUGGGCCAGGUGCCUGUACCUGUCAUGCUGCUCCCGGACGACUUCAAAGCCAACGCGAAGAUCAAAGUGAUGAACCACUGCUUCAACAAGGAGAAUCUUCCGGGCCAGUUUAAAUUCAAAGAGUACUGCCCACAAGUGUUCAGAAACCUGCGAGAGCGCUUUGGCAUCGAGGAUCAAGAUUACCAGGUCUCUCUGACCCGCAGUUCUCCUCUCAGAGACGAGGAGGGGAAGUACAUGGGGCUGCGGCUCACAUCAUACGACCGCACUUUGGUGGUAAAAGAGAUUUCCAGUGAGGAGGUCGAGGAAAUGCACAGCAUCCUGUCAGAGUAUCACCAGCAUAUUGUCACCUCCCACGGCAGCACGCUGCUCCCUCAGUUCCUCGCCAUGUACAGAGUGACGGUGGAGAGCGAGGACACCUACCUGUUAGUGAUGAGGAACAUGUUCAGCCACAGGCUGCCAGUACACAGGAAGUACGACCUGAAGGGCUCCGUGCUGACUCGAGAAGCAAGUUUUAAAGAAAAGAUCAAAGAGCUGCCCACAUACAAGGAUGCAGACUUCUUGAAUAACAUGCAGAAGAUCUAUGUGAGCGAUGAGGAGAAAGAGAAGGUGAUGAACAAACUCAGCAGAGAUAUCGAGUUUCUCGUGCGCAUGAGGAUCAUGGACUACAGCCUGCUGCUGGGCAUCCAUGAUACCGAGCGAGCUGAGAGAGAGGAGGAGGACGACGUGGAGUCAUCCUGUGAGGAGGAAGAGGAGGAUGAAAAUGACCCGGCUGCUCCUCCGUGCUCCACUUCCCCUGAAGGAAUCGCUGGCUACAUGAGCUCGCUCAAGCCCAUGGGUCCUGGGGAGUUCGACCCUUAUGUGGACGUGUACGCCGUUCAGAGCGCCGUGGGUGCUGCCAGGAGGGAGGUGUACUUCAUGGGUCUGAUUGAUGUGCUGACGCAGUAUGAUGCCAAGAAGAAAGCCGCUCACGCUGCCAAGGCUGUCAAACACGGGGCGGGAGCUGAAAUCACAACGGUUCAUCCUGAACAGUACGCCAAACGCUUCAAGGAGUUCAUCGCAAAGAUCUUCGCCUAGUUCAAGGAUUGAUUGUCUUUUGAUGCCAACUGCACAAUACCCACAAGAAACACUAAACAUCUACAGCUAAAAAGUCUAUGCAGAAGUAUUUAUGUUUAUUCAACUUAUUAAAAUGUGCUCACAUUAAGAUAAUUCAAUCUGGAGCAUAGUUCUGGCCUCAGUCGUGCCAAACUCUUCCUGUUUUCGGAUGAUGCACAGUCUCUCUGAAGGCUUAUUUUAUUGUGAGCUUCUUCAAUUUUAGGCAAAGACAGCCAGAAACAAUUUACAAUUUGGCUAUCCUAAAUGGACUUUUAUUAAAAGGCAAAGCAAAUCCAAAACUACUGAAAAUCUGCUGGAGAGGAAGCUUCUGGGUCCAGCGUUUUGCACUCACCUAAAGCAGAAACGACACAACUUUGAAAACCAAGAUGUCUGUGUUUUGGACAGAGAAGACGUGUCGUUAUAAAGACGCAUCAAAGAGGUCGACAUAAAAAGAUUUUCUCUGGUUGCAUCCAGGGAGUAAAACCUGUUGGUCAUGUGACCUCUUCUGAUGAAGUCAUGUGACUUACUUUUCUGUGUUAAAUGUCAGAGAUAUUUCUGGUUUGCAAGCCGAGUGAGACGCUGGAUUUAAAAAAAUGAAACAUUU